AGUUUGUUGACAGCUCUGCAGAAUUUGGACUCGUGCAUACCCACAGUUGCGGGUCAAUAUCCUUUGCGGACGUGGCUGUGCAGUUCACCUGGGAGGAGUGGCAGCUGCUGGGCCCUGCUCAGAAGGACAUGUACCAAGAUGUGAUGUUGGAGAACUAUAGCAACCUGGUGUCACUAGAAGUCUGGCAAAGUGACAUUCAUGCAACAUGGCACCAGGAGAAUCAAGAUCCCCUUAAAAAUAUGGAGAGAAAUCAAGAAUGUGAUACAUUUAGGGAGACACUUUAUCUUGGUAUAAACCUUGGUCCCAUAAGAAAAAAAUUCCAUAAAUGUAACUCACAUGGGAAAAGUUCAAAACAUAGCUCAGAUUUACUUAUUCAGAAUAAAAUCCAUGCAAAAAGGAAAACUGAGGAAAUCAGUAAACGUGGGAAAUCACUUCUCCCUAUAGUAAAAUGUCAUGUAUGUCAUGAAUGUGGAAAAGCCUUCAGCCAUAAGUCAGAACUUGACAGACAUCUGAGAACUCAUACAGGAGAAAAACCCUAUAGAUGUAGUGACUGUGGAAAAACAUUCACUAUGAAGCAUCACCUGGAUGUACAUCAGAAAACUCACACGGACGAGAAGCCUUAUAAAUGCAGUGAAUGUGGAAAAGGCUCUAGAACAAAGGCAGAUCUUGGCAGACAUUAUAAUACUCAUACAGGAGAGAAGUCCUAUGUAUGCAAUGAAUGUGGGAAAGCUUUGAGAGAUCAGUCAAGCCUUAACAGACAUCUGAGAACUCAUACAGGAGGGAAACCCUAUGCUUGCUCUGACUGUCUGAAGACCUUUAGUGAUAAAUCUUAUUUAAACAGACAUCAGAAAACACACUCAGGAGAGAAACCCUAUGGAUGCAGUAAAUGUGGGAAGGCCUUUCGUAAUAAGGCACAUGUGAAUCAACAUCUUAGAACUCAUUCAGGAAAGAAACCCUAUGUAUGCAGUGAAUGUGGAAAAGCCUUUCAGAUGAAGGCAUACCUCAAAAAACAUCUCAAAACUCAUUCAGGGGAGAAACCUUAUGUAUGCAGUGAAUGUGGGUAUGCCUUUCUCCAGAAAUCAAAUCUCAUGAGACAUUAUACAGUUCAUGUUUGGCAGGAAGUCUAAGGAUGUAGUGUGCUUCUUAUAGCCAAUAUUCAUGGCCCCCAAUGAUCCAGGACUCUUGGUAUUUAUACCCAUGUGUGAAGCCCUCCAGAACUGAAUUGGGGCGAGUGCGUGUGGCCAGUAUGAUAUGUUGGAAGUGAUGGUGAGUGACUUCCCACACUAGGUCAUAAGAGCUCUUGCAGCUUCCAUCUAGAGCACUUGGAUUGCUAGCUCUGGGUGAAGGAAUGAGACCCUGAGGACAUGCAAGAACCCCCUGGAGAGCCCAACAUGGAGAGAAAAUAAGGCCCCCAACCGACAGCAUCUACCAUGUUUGUGUACCCUGGAAGUGGAUCUGCCAUCCCCGGUCAAGCUUUCAGAUAGCUGCAUCCCCAGCCAGCAUGACUGCAACUUGGUCGUAUGGAGAGACCCCAAGUGAAAACUGCCAGCUGAACCAUUCCCAAAUUCCUUACUAACAGAAACCAUGAUAAGCAAAUGACUAUUGUUGUUUUAAGCUACUAAGUUUUGUGCUAAUUUUAUUAUGCAACAUUAGAUAACUGUAACAGUGAAAGACUUUACUAACAAAUGACAAUGUAUGCCACGGAAUGUGUACAGGAAUGAAGGCUAUGAUUUGGGAAUGCUGUUAGCAAGAAGUUUAAUCACACUGAAUAUCAAGGAAUUUAUAUUGAAAGAAAUCUCUGUCCAGUGAAUUUGGAGAAAACUGUUUUGAUCAGACAAGUUACAUGUGAAAAAAAUUUUAUGGGUGCAGUAGAUGGAUUAAAGCAUUUUACUUGAAGGCGUGCCUUAUGUGGAAAGAAAAAACUCAACAGAAUAUAAUAAAUAAAUAGCUUAGUUAUACCAGAAAAUACAUAAAUUAAAACUUACUAAUGUUCUAAUUUAGGUAUGCCUUCAAGAAGAACAACCACAUUACAUAUCAGAAUUUUUAUUUAAUGUGUUUAGAAAGUACUUGGUAAGAAUGGUAACAGACAUUUCCAGCUGUAGUGUGGAAAGGUCCAAAAUCCAUUUCUCAGGUUCAGUAAAAACAGAGUUGAUCAUUUCAACUUUCAGGAAACAGGGUGUACUUGCAUCUGGGAUUUCUUUAAGAUUGGAGUUGUAGACCAGAAAUAGCCAUAACAGAUAGCAUUUUUUUAAAGAAGUUUUAUUUCAUAAUGUUAUUAUGGAAGAAUAUUUCCCAGUGGGAAAUAUUACAGUAAAUGUUCAAAAUAAAUCAUAGGCAUAUUCUCUGGGUAUAAAGCUGUUUACAGUGGAACAAAUUAAAUGUUUAAUAGAAGCAAUAGAAUAGCCUCAAAAGUAUAUGGGGAUUACACUACUGAGAAUAUUACAUUAAAUGAUUUAAUGUAUUUGGGAGUGCUUGUGUAAUAAUACAGUUGUGAAUAUAAAAUGCUCUGUUGUAGAAAGAAUGACAUCCACCAAGAUUUCUACUAUUAUUUUUCAUAAAUUUCCAACCUACAGAAAAAUGGAAAGGGAGAACUGGCCAAAAGCACUGUUAUUAACCACAUAAGAUAAAUUCCACAAUAAAGAGAGUCCACAUUUUAAGGGGAUAAACUUCAGUAAAACCCUACAAAUAAACCAGAUCUGUGCCCUCCAGCAUUAAAAUAAGAAAGUUUAAAGAUGUUUAGUUUAUGACUUUAUAGAACCUCACAGGAACUAUUGUCAGUAUAUCCUUCUGGGUACUCAGCUUUUUGAAAAAGUGUAAUCUACAUGCAGAGGUAUUCUGGAAUGUUUGAUUCUCUUAAUAAUUGGGGGCAGCAUUUGCUAAGGAAAGAGAAAGUUGGGGCCCUGUUUGAAGUCCAGACCUCCUGUGAGUCUGAGGUGAACUUUCUACUCUUCACUUAACGUGUUCAGCUUUCUCUGGUAGAUGUAGUUAAUGGUAUGUAUUCACAUAAUGUCUGUGUUUAACAUUUGGCAGCAUUCUAAAAUGUGGGCUUUAGGGAUUCAGUGGUGAAGAAAAUUGUGCCUCCCCUUAUAGCCAAGGAGGGAAAGCCAACAAUAAGCAAAUAAAUAGAUAAAAUGUAUCAAGUGAUAAGUGGUAAAUAAAGAUUUACAGAGAAGUUGGCGCUUGAGCUGAAAUUUUAAGAAUGAGAGGUAGUUCCCCAAGUUUAGAUCAUUGAAAUGACAUCCUGAAUUUCAGUUCUAUAAUAUCACAACUCAGCAUUUACAAAUACAUUGAAUCACAUACGCCUGUGCAAUACCUGCCUGAUCUAAAGAUAAAGUCAAGGUGCAACAGUAAAAUUUUUAUUAGCAUCUCAGAAAGAUCAAAGUUCAUGCCUUAGAAUACAUUCAGUCAAACAAAAGGCCCUCUAAAGAGAUUAAAAGUGUGUCCCACAGAUCCUGUUAAUUAAACCAUAGGAAUUCUAGGAACCUUAAGAUUGUUGUUCCUCUGCCAUCUCAGCAAAACUGCAAGGUAGAAUAGAAAUCAGCUCAGAGAUUUGUGGAUUUGGCUUUUCUCUAAUGGA